AUGGGUUCUCGCACCAUUGUUCCUUCUUUUCCCCUUUAAAACAUAACUGGUUUCUUCUUUAAAAUCUUCCUUUGCUUUUUUGUUAGAGGUUCUCUCUGGAAUCUCUAUUACCAUAUCAUUCCUUUACUGCAUCUGCCUUUCCCCCCAUUUUUGUCUUUCUCUUAAGCACUUUUCUUUAAAACACAGAUCCUGAAAGGGAUCUGAAUCCAGAAUUAACUUAGUUGCUGAAAGUAAACACGUGAAGGAGGAUAAACUUCUAAAUAAAAUUGGACAGAAUUUAUCCUCACAUUUGCAACUUUUUAGUAUACUGACAAAAGGUAGACUUAGCUUGUGUUAAAAAACCCUUUUUUUUUCCUUUUUGCCAUCUUUCUGGCCUUUUGUGCCUGAGCCAGGGUUGGAAAAGAUCUUAAGAGUCCUCUCCUGCUUAUCUCAAAUCUACUUGUUUUGUUGAAGGGUAGUUAUUUCUAAGCUUUCUAAUCUUAACACACGUUCUAUAAAUAUUUUAUAUAUAAGCUCUAGAAUUUGUCCAUCGCCUAAAAAAAAAAAGAAAUGAACAAACUCAUCUGAGUGGUCACUUCUAUCUUUAGUUAAAGACAAGGCUGAACACCAGUGCUUUAAUCCUCUGUUCCAUAAGCUUCUUGAAGUCAAAAUUAGAACCUGAGCUGAUAGAGCAGAAAAUCUCAUUCUGGUUGUCCAGCAUUUUUGUGAGGUUCCACCCCACAGCCAUCUGGCCUGGCCUGUUCUCCAAUUAAAGAGGCAAAGGUGGCAUUAUAUACUUCCUUAUUUGUGCGGCAGCGUCACUGAGGUAUAAAGUGGUGUGCAGCUUCAGCUGCUUAUGCAGCAGAAAAUGGUUAGCUUAGGCAGGGCUGAUGACAGUGGUUCUAUUGUAUGUUGGGGUGGGAGGCUUUAUUUCCCAAUGACUUUGGCCUGCAUUUAAAAUGCUCCCAUUUUGAGGCUGAACUGUUCAGGGGAGGUGAACUUGGAAGGCAAUUAUGCAGCAGAGUUUGAGGAGGCCUAGAAAGGUGUAAGAACCCUUGGGUCUGGGUAGCAUACCAAAAGGCCAUGUGAUGCCUUGGGAGAAGUGUUAUAUGUUAUUAUCUAUUCAAGUCUGUUUUACUUUUCAAAAACAUUUUGAAAACACUGUCUUUAACUCCAAACUCAUUCUUGAGAACCAAUGCCAACUUUCUUCACAAUGUUUUAGUCUCCUCUGUGUUGGACACCUCUAGUGGGCUGCUGUGGCCCUUACAGACCUGCCUUCUUGAAGGGGAGCCUGAGGUCCUGGUGGCGAGCUUUGCAUUUGGUAAUGAACCCAAUCCUCAUAAACAGAAAACCCCUUAUCUUGACCAUUCUUCUUACUUCUCUUUAAACCUAGAAGGACCCUGGAAUCGAUCUGCGGUGACCAUGAGUAAUCAUUUGAAGGACCUUGGAGAUGAGUCUGUGUUGGAGGCUGGGAUAGAGGGCAGACGAGAGUCCUUCUGAAUCCUGAGCAUCUCUGUGGAGGGCUUGGGAGAGGUCAUGCUCGUGGCACGUCCGUUGACUCCCCACGUGACCCUCUGUCUGCUCAGACCUGAAAUGACGGCAGGACUAGACCUAGCUAGUGUGUAUGAUGCUCCAGGUUGACCCAGUGCAUCUUUUCUGAUACUCAACCCAGAGGGCUUUGCUUGAGGAUCCACUCCUAAAAAUGCCCCUGGGAGCCAUGGCCCAGGCCUGAAAAUUACAGAGAAGUGAGUUGAGGCAGGUAUUCAGAAAACUCAUGAUUCUCAAACCUAGAAUUAGCCCCUGGAUACUCUGCUGGGCCCUGAAGGGAUUUUAAUCAAAUUCCAGCCCCAGGUCUAUCAAAGGACAGAGGAUGCCGUUGGACCGGAUCAUGGAUCAGUCUUGUCUCUGUGCUAAACUCAGCAGCACAGUCUCACCCAGACGUCUGGCUAAGACCAUGUUCUGGCCUUUUUGGCCCGCAGAGGUGGCCUUUUCCGUUCAGUUCUCCCACAGCGUGAGCUUGGAGUUGCCCUUUUGGAGAAAGUGAGGAGAUUAGGGUCACUGGCUCUCAGGAUUCACAGAUCGUCUUCCUCAAACAUGAGGCUGGCCCAGAACUCGGGAAUAAACCUUUUUGACCUCUGUGCAAUCUGGCUGUGAGAGAAUCCCAAAAUAACAAUCUGAGUGUUUAUCUUGGGCUGCCUCCUCUCCAGGGAUCUCCAAACACUUGAUAAAUCUGAUCCGGUUCCAAGGACAGGUGGUCAGACAGUCCCUGGGAGACUGGGUGAUGGUGGAUCCCCAGUUGGAAGCUGCAAGAGCCAUCUAGAGCCUGAGGCUGCCCACCUCCCAUCUGCCACUGCCCUUGGCUUGUGCCCUCCGUUGAUUCUGUGCCUAGGAAAGGACCAUGCAGCUGGAGAUCAAAGUGGCCCUGAAUUUCAUCCUCUCUUACUUGUACAACAAGCUGCCUCGGCGGCGGGCAGACCUGUUUGGGGAAGAGCUAGAGCGGCUUUUGAAAAAGAAAUAUGAAGGCCACUGGUACCCUGACAGGCCCCUGAAGGGCUCUGGCUUUCGCUGUGUCCACAUCGGGGAGGUGGUGGACCCCGUGGUGGAACUGGCCGCCAAGCGGAGUGGCCUUGCAGUGGAGGAUGUGCGGGCCAACGUGCCUGAGGAGCUGAGUGUCUGGAUUGACCCUUUUGAGGUGUCCUACCAGAUUGGUGAGAAGGGGGCAGUGAAAGUGCUGUACCUGGAUGACAGCGAGGGCUGUGUCGCCCCGGAGCUGGACAAGGAGAUCAAGAGCAGCUUCAACCCCGAUGCUCAGGUAUUCGUACCCAUCGGCAGCCAGGACAGCUCACUGUCCAACUCCCCAUCACCAUCCUUUGGUCAGUCGCCCAGCCCCACCUUCAUUCCCCGCUCCGCCCAGCCCAUCACUUUUACCACUGCCUCCUUCGCUGCCACCAAGUUUGGCUCCACCAAGAUGAAGAAGGGCGGUGGGGCCGCGAGCGGUGCGGGUGUGGCCAGUGGCGGGGCGAGUGGCCCACAACCCCCACAGCAGCAGCCUCGCAUGGCCCGCUCUCCCACCAACACCCUGCUGAAGCAGAAGGGCCUGUCUUUGUCUGUGCAUUCGCUGAACUUCGUCGCGGCCAGCCCAGCCCCGCAGUCCCAGCUCUCACCCAAUGCCAAGGAGUUCGUGUACAACGGCAGUGGCUCUCCCAGCCUCUUCUUUGAUGGGGCCGAUGGCCAGAGCAGUGGCACCCCGGCCCCCUUUGGGGGCAGUGGGGCCGGCACCUGCAACAGCAGCAGCUUCGACAUGGCCCAGGUGUUUGGAGGUGGCGCCAACAGCCUCUUCCUGGAGAAGACUCCCUUCGUGGAAGGCCUCAGCUACAACCUGAACACCAUGCAGUACCCCAGCCAGCCGUUCCAGCCCGUCGUGCUGGCCAACUGACCACUCACCUGCCUGCAGAGCCAGGAGCACCCAAGACCACAGAAAAGAGAAAGGAAAGGAAAGGCCAAAAAAAGAGGAAAAGAAAAUGAUACAAAAAGAUUUCCAGUCUUCUCACUCUCACUUCUAGGAAAGCGAUUCAGCCGAGGCAUGGAGUGGGAGGGGGCUCCCGAAGCACCAAGUAGGGUUUAACUCCACCCCCCUGCUGUUUUCCUGCCUGCCUCUGAUUUAUUUGGUUGGUUUGGGUUUUAUAUUUUUUUCUCUUUUUUUCUUUUUCUUUUUUUUUUACAUGUAGUUUUCUAUAUAACAUCUUUAAUUAGUGGCUUCCUGUGCUAAGGAUGGUCCAGAUGUGAAUUGUUGCUCCCUCCCUCCCUCCCUUCACAUGCCUGGUCUAGGAUUGGUGUGUUCAAGCUCAAGGGCCACAGCUGGGCCUGGCCCGCCCCAGAUCAGGGAGGGGCUGUCCCCUGUCACUGCCUCUGUCACCCAACUAUCCUCUCACUCGAAGCCAUCCAACCUCAGCAGGCCUUCUUGGGCCCUGCCACCUAAAUAGGUCUGACCCAGGCCCCACUCCCUCUCAGGCCUGGGCCACAGGGAACUGCCGCCUGGCCACUAGACGCCCUCCCCCCAGAGCUGAUGCCUAACUCCAGGGAGGUUAGCACUCUGUUAGCGGAGUUCCCUUUAUCUCUGUCCUGUAGCCCCGUGCCCCCAUCUCACCUGGCCCAGACUUAUCAUCAUGACCUUGGAGACCCAGCCAUUGACACAUGUGGCCUGUCUCCUGUAGCCCCUUCCCUGGGUCUGAGGUUGUGGGUAGGGAGGUGUGUGUGUAUGCAUGUGUGUGCAUGGUUGGCUGUCCUGUUUUAAUGGAUUCCAAGCCAUGUGAAACUCCCCCUCUGGAUGUGAUUCCGGGUUGCAGCAAGUGCUUAUUUCUGUGUGAGGUUGGGGAAUGGGCCAGGGCGGGUUGUUGGUCCUUUUGUGGGUGGUUCACGUGGUGGGCUGAGACUGCGGCUGAGCCUAAGACAUGCCUAGGGGAAAGCACUGCGUUAGAACUGGCUUCCAGACUGCGGAGGCAUCUGCACUUUUGCUUGUUUCUGACCAAAAAAAAAGAUGGGUUAGCCGUGAGGGGCCGAGGGAAUACCCAGCCUCUGAUGCCUAAGAGAAGUCUCUGGACUCAGACCCUCCUGUGGUGUGACUUUAGCCCAGGGUGAGAGCUGCUCACCUGCACCCCAGGGGGCCGGAGUUUGCGUCAGUGCCUAUAGUGGGCAGUCCUGAACCUCGAGUUGGGACUUUGGUCCUUUGGUUGUAGAUGUUAUUUUAGUACAUUUCUGCCCCUUUCUGCUUGAGAACUUUCUGGUACCUCUUGGCCAUCCCCUCUCACUGUCCAACCCAACCCCAGUGGGCCUUGUUGCUGUAAGGCGUGGUCUUUUGGACAGGCUGGGCUUAGCCAUCGCAGCUGGGGUGUCUGGAUUCUAGAAGAGCACUUGCUCCCCACCUCUGCCAGAAGAGAAGUUGUUUCUCUAACCCAACCUUAGUGAGCCACCUUCCACGCCAUGAUGCUUUGGCAAGUGGGGCACAUGGCAUCAGGGUCCCAUCACCGAAAAGCACCAAAGCCCUUGCCACCCCACCCUGUCCUCUCCCCCAGCAACCCAAAGUGGGUAACUGCUGUGGCAGUGGGUCCAGCCCAGACAGACACUGCCAGCCUCCGCUCCCUGCACUGGGCACCAGCUCUACCUCCCCCAGUGGGGCAAUGCCCUGACUCCUUGGCCCAGUACCAUCUGUCCCCCUAGACUUCUCAGGCGCCAGUCCAGUCUGGGCCACCCUCUCCCUAGCCAUCAGUCCCACACAGGUGACAGGCCUGGGCAGAUUGCUGCUCUCUGGGAAAGGUUGGAUGCUGCCUUAUGCCCCUUUCCAGCCCCUCCUCCCACACUCACACAGGUGCCCACCACACCUGGUCAGCUUGUUCCUCACCACAUACAGGGAGAGGGGGAGACCAACCCCUUAGUGUCUUGAAAUAGGAAGAAAAAUGUGUGUUCAGGAGCAUGACUCCAGCGCUGGGCUCUUGGGCCCAGUUUGGUCUGUCUCGUCUCAAAUCUAAGGAUUUUUGCUUCAAUUUUAUUUUUUUUAAGAAAAAAAUCUGCACUAAUUUACCUGGUUUCGUAGGAAAACUUUUUUUUCAUUUUUUACAUUUUUUGGUGUCCGUUUGUAUUGAAUAAUUUGCUACAUUUGUAAAAUGUAAGAGGUAUAUAUAAUAUAUGUAUAUUUCUAACGUAAAAAUGUAAUUUUUUUCUUUUCAAUAUUUUUUCUUAAAAAGAGGAGAGAAACAAAGAUAUUUUUUCAGGAAAAACAAACUUUAAAAUAAAAAAGAGGAGAAUCAACCCUAUUUCUCCCCUUUUCCCAUCCUCUAUCUACCCCUCUUUCCAGGAACAAAUCUAAAGGUGGAUCGUCUUGUAAAGAAUGUAAACUUUUAGUCCAGAAUGAUGUAUUUUUCUCAAUGCAGUGAGCUAUAGAUUCUCUAGUUUGACUCCUAUAGAUGGGAAGGGGGCAUUGAGGCAGUGUGGAGAGGGGCUUGGGGGAGCAGGGCAAUGAAACUGUUUUCUUUAGUGAAGGAGGAAUACAAUCAAGCAUUUUGUAUUCAGAAUGUUGUGCAAUAUUUUGGAAUGGGACAUUGGUGUGUUUAGAGAUUUAGUUUAAAAACAAAACAAAAAGAUUGAUCAAAUCUGUACAGUUUAUAUUGUUCCAGAUUUUUUUAAGUUUGUAUUAAAAGCAUGAUAUAUAAUAGC